AUGGAGACACAGCAGCCGCGGAAACGACGCAGGGCGAAGGGGUCAGAGGAGCAGGACAACCAGCAGGAGAACUUCCUCUUCGUUGAUUCCUCAGAUCAGCAGGGUACUUCAAAGCCUGACCGAGCCUCGCGCUCGUUUGUGAUGCAGCAGGCCCGAAAACAGAAGACAUGGUCGACGAAGAAAUUCCCAGCGAAUUCUGCUGCAAAACGAACCAGUAAAGCCCCAUCCCAAGACGAUGGCCCCGAUGGAACGGGCUCGCUCUCCUGGGUACAUUACGCUCCGAAGAAUGAGAGUUCACAUAAAGGGGAAAAGAUUGUCCCUUACCGUUUCGGCGGCUCCCAGUCGGAGCAACCAGCCGUGUGUCGUCUACCCUUCUGCAACGGGGACUUCUGCAGCCAAUCUCAUCAUUCCCCUCCUCGCGCAGAUGUGCUUAACCUGUCGCCAAGAGGCCGCGGUCGUCUCGAGAUUGCCCCAAUUGGUGUGUUUGAUCCGUUUAAUACGCUUCCGGUGCGGGCCGAUCCUCGUUCAUUUGCUUUGAUAAAUCACUACUGUAGAAAUUUAGUGCCGCUUAUGAUACCGCUGGAUAUACGGCGUCAAUCGCAAAUAGGGCGGGAUGAAUACCUCGCGUCUGCUGUGCGAGAUGAAGCCAGAGGUGCCUUUACACACACAAUAAUGUGCGCUGCAGCACUCCAUCGGUUUGCAAUGGGCGCAGGACCUCUUAAUGAUGUACUCUAUCACAAAGCGGAGAGCAUCUCGAAAAUAAAUGCCAACCUCAGCGACCCAGGGUUUCGCGUCCACGAUAAUAACAUUGCGGCUGUGUUCAACCUACUGAACAUCGAGGAAAGCCUUCUUGGCAUAGUCUCAGCGGGCGGAGGACGGCCAGGGCUAGCCUUCGACCCCCAGCAGAAAUUGAUGCACCUAAACGGAUUAAGGGCCAUGCUCCAGCAGCGGGGCGGGCUGGCAGGCCUGAGUUCCAGCCGGUGCCUGCAGGCUUUCAUCUUGUGGCAUAGCAUCGCGCACUCAAUCGCGUCUUUCGAACAGCCCUAUGCUGCUCUCAUCGACACUGAGGGACGCGCAUACACGUACACUAUUCCUGAAUCUCCCAAAUAUCCUUCUCGCUCUUCUCCAGUACAAGUCCUAAGGCUUCUGAGAGACCUAAAGAUAGAUGUCAACUUGCGAGAUAUUGCGGCGGAUGUAUCCUUACUCUCCUCCGAUAUGACCUCCUGGCUGGACGACCCCAAAUGCCCUCUCGACCCCGUCGAGCUCCAGAAACAUGGAUUCCUCCUCCUACAGCGCUGCCUCGCCUUCCUAGACGAGUCAAUCGCACCAAAGUCUCCGCUAGAGCAGUCUGUCUGUCUAGCGAUUAUGAUCUUUGUAAUCCGCAUCACGCAACCUACAGACGUCAACUUCAAGACCAUGAUCUCAGCUAGCCUUCCCCGACUCCGAGAAGCGCUCAAGAAGACAAGCAUCUUCAAGUGGUCCGACUCCCCGGACAUCCUUCUCUGGGUGCUAACGCUAGGAACGCUGGCAGCUCAAGGAUCCCCACACAUGGGCUUCUUUACCCAGUACUCCACCGUCGCUUUCGCGGAUGCUGGCAUUGAUAACAACACCUCGUGCGACGAGCUAUUGGCGCGGAUGAAGAUGUGUCUAUGGCAGAGCUCGCUUAUGGAUAACGCCGUGAAGAAGCUAUGGGUAAAGAUUGGGAUUGCGAAGGGUGAUGACGAGUGGCUCGUCGUGGACGAUGAGCCGGACACGGAGACAGUUAGCCACAUGAGCAGUCCAGAUGGCCAAAGCGAGACCACCGUGGCUUCUCUAACAUCUACGCGCUUCUUUUCAUGAGACCUAGCGAAGAGCAGGCCUCAUAAGUAAGGCAAGAAACACGCUUCCACCCAACUCGGAAAGUAUCUGUACAUACAUCCAUCCCUUCAUCAUGUCUACUCGUUACAAUGUUGCACUCC